AUGGCAACCUGCUCCCAGCCGCCCUCUCAAACCCGCUCCCCUGUCAAUCAAGGGGACCUGGGACCCUUCUUUCCAACAGCCCCCCCUAUCGAGCUUGGGGAAGUAUCCCUCGAGCGCAUCACACAACUCCUCCUUGGCCUCCUUGGCCAAGUUGAACGUCUCAAACGGGAAGUUGGGGAAAUCAAGGAAGCAGGGAUCAAGACCCGCACCAACGUCAAAAAUAUAUCCCAAGCCGUCGAUGUUGUCAAGGAUGGGCUUAGAAGCCUCCAACUCAAGGGGCCUACAACCCCCAAAGAAACCAAGCCCCCAAUUGUGGAAGCAACGCCACGCCCCAUACCAAAGGCCGACCCUGCUGGACCGUCUAGGGGCCCCCAUCUUUGCCCAACCAAACCCUAUCCAAGUUGCGCCCCCGCGAGUCCUGUCUCCCCUCCAUCUCCGCAUCUCCAAUCCCCAAUUGGAGCACCUGCCCCUCCACCUCCGGCUUCAAUUGCCGCCUAUCCUGCCCCAGUCAAAGUAGACCACCCAGACACCUAUACAGGCAAGAUUGGGAGCAAGGCCAAACAGUGGCUUACCCGGAUGUUGGCAUGGACCCGGCUAAACUCACAAAUGUUCCCCACCGACCAGGAGGUACUAUCCUUCCUCCUGAUGAACAUGAAGGAUACGGCCGGGGCCUGGGCCCACCCACACCUCAAUCAGCUUGGGUCACACCAAGCCAUCAUUCAAACGGUCAAAGGUUUCAAGCAGGAGUUCCUAGCAGCAUUUGGUGACCCUGACGCCACAAGGGCCGCCAAGCGGAAGAUCACCACCCUCACCCAGUCUGGCACAUGCGCGGACUAUAUCACAAAGUUCAGAACCCUGGCAAUGGAACUGGACUGGAACAACGCGGCCCUUAGAGGCCAGUUUGCCUGUGGCCUCCACUGGGAGGUCAGCCGCCAAAUCGCAACCCGCAAACACCGGCCCCGCACACUCCUUGAGCUGCAGAACGCAGCACUCGUCAUCAACAACACCCUCCGCAAAGAGCGCGCUAGCCACCCACCAAGGGACAAUAAGUCUAGCAAACCAUCCAACCCCCCAAGGGGGACAAGUACCAGUCAAGCCACAUCCGGUUCAAAGAAACUCUCCAACAAUCCCAACUUUGUGUCGGAAGAGGAACAAAAUUGCCGCCACGCCGCUGGCGCCUGCAUCAAAUGCGGCAAGAUGGGCCACAAGUUUGCGGAAUGCUGCACAGGCUGGAAGGCUACCCCUAUUGAGGACAAAGGGAAGGCCAAGGAAACCGCCAAGAUUGGCAAAGACUCCAAGUACCAAUCGGGAAAAGAGUAA